CCAAUCGUAGCCGUUGUGGGAGUUAGCCCGUUUUCUGACGUCAUUAUACUUUGCGUGAUGAUUCUCAUGUUAGGAACUGGGAAGGCUAACGACAGUUAAGUUUCUAUAUAAUCGGAUAUUUAUAUUUGUGUUUACGAUGUUGAAGUGAAAGAACAGAUUAUAUAGACGAUCCGUGCGUAAUGCCACCCAUGGCGACGUCUUCAGCAAAGCGCAAGUGGUCCGAUGUAUUCGGCGACAGAGAAAUCUGUGACAAACAGUCCAUCAUGGAUCUUUGUACCUCAAAGCUGCGCUAUGUGAACCCUGCGAGGCCUCCACGCAGACGAACUGAAGUGCCUCUUCUCCGUAAUGUUCUCAUAGUCAACACUAUGAAACACCUAUCUGCUGAGAUGAAGACAGAAAAACAGAUGGAUUAUAGCACUGAGGAUCUUAGUGUAGACCCAGGACACUUUGAGGGAUUGCCACCUCUGUCUGAGCUGCUUACAGAUAUAAUGCUUGAUCCACAACCUAGUGAACAGCAGCAACCUUCUACGUCUUCUUUUGGCUGGUCAACCGCUGGAGGUCCUCAGUAUUCCAGUCUUACUCCAUUGGAGCCUACCAUACCUUCAUACAUGGAUUCAAUGGAAAGUGGUGAAGAAGAGAAAAUAGUCCAUGACUUGCUGCCAUGCACAAGUGUUAUGGGUAUUAAUCCGACACAACACACCACAUCUUGGGAGACUCGUAAUGAUCACAGACAACAUACAUCUUCAUGGCAAGUCCAAGCUCAUCAAGACCAUCACUCUUCUACAUGGGACUCACAGUGUGACACCAGUGUCCUAGACUGCUUUUUGUCAAGUGCCUCCAUUCAGCAACCCACAAGUGACUCCUUAGACAAUUUAACGUCCGAUAUAACAUUCCAACCAUCCAGCACUCCUUUACCUUCAUUUACAUCUUCUUUCUUCGAGACUUCCCAUAAUUCAUCAUAUACAGCAGAUCUUUUACAAUCAUCUACUUUGUCUGGGCCGGUGUCCACUGCAUUAUCCUCAUUCACAACCACUUCCUCUUCAUUGUCCUCAUUCCCAUCUAUCACUACUGCUUCUGUAACAACUGAAGAUUUGGUGAGUAACGUCAAUUUAACAGAAUCUGAUUUGGAACUUCUUUUCUCCAUGACUUUGUCAACAAGACGACCUCAUAUGUCUUUUGAAGACUUCGUUCAUGCAUUGCCCCUGCAGCAGACUACGCAGCCAUCACAAACAUUCUAUGUGCCUUCGUCAUUACAAACUAGUGGUAGCUCAAACUGUGAAAACUCAUCCUCUACCAAUAGUCAGUGUUCCAGCUAUUGUCGCAGUGAUCAGCCCCCACCAAGUGUCGAUGACAGCAGUAUGGUGAGAGUUCUAGUCAACCUAUGAUUGGUAAAUAAUUAAAACUUAUUUUAUUUUACAUUAAAAACUAAGCCUUCUUUAUUGGCUUCAAAUGUAAUUGCAUAACAAUCACUUCAUGAUGAGUGAACCAACGCCUUGGUGAUUUGUUUGAUUAGUCAAGACAAUUCAAGAUACAUAGCUAUUUAUGAUGCCUUACAGACUCAUUUUAUUAUUGAAAGUGGUUAGUCAAUGACAGGAUGAAAGUAUUUAUUACUGCUUGCAGUGCUGUUCCAUUUUCUAAGAUAAUGUUAUUCAGUGUGCCAGUUGGAGUCAAGACGAGGAAGUACAUUGGUGAAGCUCAGGGAAAGCUGGUUGAUUGAUGCAAAGUGGUUUCAUUUAUUUUCAUGACUUAUUACCAUAGUGAUUGUUACACUAGACCAGUGAACUAUUAAAACUUAAGUAACAGUAAUUACAAAUUGUGCCUAAUUGCUGUCUCAAUUUUUGUAUCAUUGACCAUUGGCUGCUUCUUUGGACAGCUUUUAAUGAUAUUCUUUGCAAUCGACAGCUCAGACAUUGAUAGGCUGCAGAUGUGUGUAUAAAUUAAACAGUAUCCUGGGAUAAAAGUUUUUAUUCUAUUAAAAUAGAAUGAUCAUUGUAUGAAUGUUUUAGAAAGGCGUAAUUUAACAUGAAGGCCAUAUAAAAUGGUUUUCUGUCUUAUUUGUUUUGUAAAGAAAUUCUCACUUGUAUAGUUGUAAAACAACGUGAUACUGUGUUCCUAUGAAAAGGCAAUAGAAAAUGAAGCAUUUUCAAAUGUUGCGUAUUGUGAAAGAAUGUGAUAAAAUUAAGGCAGUUGUUUACAUUUUUAAUAAUUAUAAGUUGUUUUAAGUUACUAGCUAUAUGCAUGCUUACAUGUACUAUGUACAAAAAACAAGAAAUUGUGUAGAUAUUUAUGAUGUGUAUUUUCAGGUGAUACUUUGAUAUCACCCAUUUAGAAAACUUUAGAAACCUUAAAUUCUUGUAAUAUUUUUAGCAGCAGUUAAUGAAGUACAUUCUUGAAUAGGUAGAUCUAAUAACUAGCUGGGACUGUGAUGUUUAGGUAUAACUGCUGAAUUAUUUUCCAUUUAUCAGAGUAAAGUAAUGACUAGAAACCUAAAUUAUUAACUUAAUUAUUUUAGUUGGGGGGUGGGGGUGGGGCUCUCAUUUUUACUCCUUAAAUCAUGAAGUGUUUUCCAAAUAUUCUGUUUUCAUAUUCAUUAGAUGAAAAUCAAAACAACUCAAGAUAGUCAUAUAUUUGAUUCCUUCACCUAUUUCCAAAGUAUGCAUUGUUAAUUUUACUUAUUUUUGGCCUUGGUAUGAAUUUUAAUGUGCAAAAAUUAGUGGUGCUGCCAUGUUAGUCAAUUCUGUUUAUUAUUUCUAUACGGUUUAUUCAUUUUUUUUUACCAUAUCUUCAUACAUAGGAACUAAGAUUGUUAUGCAUGCUGUAUGCUUGAACUUUUUUACAUGAGUAUAAUGGAACAAUAACUUCAUGACUCUUCUUUCCAGGUUGUUUUUAACUUUCUUUUUACUUUCCUUUGCAGCAUACUGUUCAUUCACUUUCUGUUUCUAAAUAAUCUUCUCUUGGGGUCAUAUUCAUUAAUGUAGUUAGGUUAGGCAUCCAAUGAAUCAAACUUAGAUUGCAUGUGUUUAAGAAUUAUUGUUAAAUGGUGAAUUGGCUGAAGUCAACUGGGUGAAGACCCAAUUUCAUACAAGCUAGUCAUUAGUUGUUUGUUGUUGUUUUUUUUUUUUUACAUUUUCAUCAGUAGUACAAUUUUGGUUUGUUGAGGUAAAAAAAAAUGUAUUCUUUUAGUAAAAUAUAAUCAUAUUGUUUGGAAUGUAAUAAAUGCAUAUAGUUGUUUCUUUAUUUUUCUGAUCAUAAAACUAUUAUAUUUUAAGAAUUCUCAAUUUUGUUUAGAAAAAUGAUAUUGGACAAAAUCACUGUUGGUGUAUCCGUGGUAUAUAUUUUAAUGCUAAGAUUUCUAAAUUAUUUUAAAAAGUUAUUUUAAUUUACUGGGUUUGUUUCUCUAAGGUAAAGGAUGUCAUCACGGUAUUGUCUUUAGAGUAAGGCGUUGUUCCGAUGACAUGAAUAUGGCCCCAAUUUAAAACCAUGUCUUUCACUCACUUAAAAUUACUUUUUAAUUUAUUAGAUUUGUGUCAGGCUGAACACUUGGUUUCUAAAUCAUAAAUUCUAAUAUAAGCUCUUACUGUAUAUAGAUCUAGAUCAGUUUAUCUUAAAAUUAUAUUUAUAAAUGAAUACUGAGUUUCCAUGUAUGUGUACUAUUCCUUGUUGGUUUCGUAAUAUUGACAAGUGUGAAUGUUUAAAGUGUGUUGACGUUCAAAAGCAGAGAACUGUAUUUUAUUAUUUAUUACUAAAUUUUUAUCUCACUAUUGCUCUCAAUGUUUUGUGUAUUUUAAAAAAUGUUUUAAAUGUAAAGUUUAAUUGUAGACUUUUAAUAUUGCUACAAUAUUUAAAAGCUGAAAAUUUUAACCAUUUUAGCCAUUGUCUAAAAUAAAAGCCUGAAUCUCUCCAGGUAAGUAACAUGCAAAUCAUGUUAGUCUUCUAUUCAAUAAAAGUGCUUUAUCAUAUUAUUUUUGUAGAUGGGCUCUACCAGUCUAGUGUCAUUUUGUCAGCUGAAUAUUUAAAUACUACCUACUUGAUCUCUGUGACUUUCCAUAAUGUUGUACAUUUCUUUAAUUGACAUUAGGAAUGUUGUUUUUUCUAUUUUUCUUCCCUAUUUGCCAUUUUUAAUCAGGUUGUAGCAUUUUUACAUAGGACAAAAGUACAUUUUGGCAAUGCUGGUUAAUUUUAAUUUCAUUUCCAUUUAUUUAACUUAAUUAAAUGCCUAUUUUUCCUGGGUUUAUGGUCAACUGAUCCUUCAACAAUUAAAUGAUUUAUUGUAUUUGUCUUUAAUUUAUUUUAAAUACUAUAUUUUGUUCUGUCAUGAAAUAGGUAUUUAAUGUUUUCUUUUACAGUUAAAAGUAUGACACACACAGCACCAAUUAUAUUAAAUUAUACAUGUCUGACAAUCUAGACUGACUAUAACAUGAAAUUUUUUUAAAUUAAAUGAAAUCCACUUUUUCUAGUGUUAAAUUCCUAGUUCUAGUUUUUAAAAUCUUGCUUUAUAUUAUUAAACUCUGAAAUUUCCAACUUGCCAAUUUUACCUGUUUAUGCAAAAAAAUAAAAACCCAUCCUAUAAUUUAAUUUUUAUAGUAUGUUAGCAUAAUUUGCAGUUGUAUAUAAUGUUUUAAAAUGCCAGUGACUAUCAAAUUCUAAACACUAAAAUAGCUAAAACUAUUUGUGUUAUGAUUUGGGUAAUACAAAAGUAAUUUGCUAUAAUAUUGAGGCCAGAAAAUAACAGUGAAGAAAUUUACACAGCCUAGAUUACCAGUACAUUCCAUAGCUCAAAUUCAAAUCGAAAUACUAAGAAUAGCUUAUUAACAUAUUUAUAUCAAACCUAAUGCAUAUAAUCUGAGGAAAUGCAUUUCACAACAUUAGUAAAUUAAAAUACAAAUGUUGUGUUAAGUAUUUUUAGUUGCUAACUAUUUGCUUGACUAUUUUUAUUAGACUAAUUUAAAAUAUCCUUAAUUAGUUUUUCUGUAUCUUAAUGGUUUCUAUGUAUUAGUUUUUCAUGCUUAGAGUUGCCCUAAUUUGAGUGAUUAUUUAACAUUCAGAAUAAUUUUCAUGCUUUAAUUACAUACACAGAAUCAAAAGUUGCCUUUUUAUGUUAUAUAAAUUAGUACUUGUGCACUUUUUUUUUUCAUUUUGUUCUACACAACUUAUACCAACCCUUGUUAUUAUUCUUAACUUUGUGUCCAAACUGGAUUGCUACAAUAAAGUGCUUUUGCUCAUUAUUUAUAACUUUAAAAUAUGCCUUGUUUCAUAAUGCUAACCUUUAUCAUAAAGAUAUAUAUUUAUAUAAAAAUUAAUCAAUUUGUAAUAAAACAUGAUAUGAUUGCUCUUGUUUUGUUUGAAUUCGGUAAGUUUAAAAAACAUUUAUGGUGUGAUAAUUUGAUUUUUUAAUUUCUUACUUAAUGAAUAUGAAUUAAACCAAAAAGUUAGUUGUGUCAUUUUGUUUUUAUGAUUUUGAAAAUCUGUUGUCAUUGAAGAUACUUUUUAAAAUGUUUGUAAUUGGAUUUGUUUGGGUCAGUUGCAGAUUUGCAACCAAAGACAUGUUAGUGCUGUAACAUUCCAGUAAUUGCACAUUUGAAAUGCCAGUAUAUAGAGCUUCAAGGAUUUUUUUAAAACUGUGUGCUGCUGUUUAGUUUCUUUAUUAGUUUUAUUUCCUUACAUUUCUUUGACAGUGUAUUGUACAAUAGCUGUAAAUUUUUCAAGGUGUUAAGGAGCCAAUAUAUCUAUACGUUAUUUUCUUCUAAUUUUUAAGGUAGGAGGAGGAUGUUUUUUAUUCAUGUACUGGUAAAAUGCCUUUAAUUAAUUAUUAACAAGACACCUGUGUGACUUCACUUAGCAUCUUCUGUACUCAAUUCUGCUUCAAGGAUGCAUUACAUUUUAGGGCUUAACUAUAUCCUAUUUAGACUUAGAUUUGAAAAGUUGAGCGUAUAAACUAAAAAUUAAUUGCACUUUUUUAAAAUGACCGUAAACACUGUACAUAAAAAGAAAGUUUAGCUUUAGCCAUAUCAAAUGAAGUGGAAAGUUUGGGCUUGCAAGUUAACUUUUUUUUUCUUUGAAUCAACUUCUCUUGAAGAGAAUCCCAGUUUUAUUAAAGUUUAUUACUGACUUCUUUGCUUGUCUGGUCAAAAUGAAUCACUACUACUUAAAUUAUUGGAAUUUAAAUAAAACCUUUAAAUGAAAUGUAUUUAGCUGGGCUUCUCUUUGCAUUACAGCCUUUGUUUUUUUUUUUAAACCUGAUGUAUUAUAUUUUAAAAUGAUCAAGAGCUCUGCAUUUCUAUCAUGUUUUCAAUUGUUUGUAGUUGAAGCUCUCAAACAGAAAAGUUUUCUUGUGAUAAAACUCUUAACAUUGUUUCAAUAAUUGAAUCACUUUUGUCCUGAAUCAUUCCCUUUCCCUCCUCUCUCACUACCUUAUACAUACAUUGUAUAUAAUCUCCAUGUACCUUUUUUUCUCUCUUCUGGUCUCUCCACAUGAGCACUUGUUAUGGUUAGUGUAUUGAUAUUACUUCCUUAGGAAGAUUAGGAUGUUAUAGUUUAGAACCUUCUAUUGACAAAUAGCUGACUGGUUGCCUUGUUGAUUCAUUCUUAACAUCAUGAUUGUUUUUAAUUAGAGGCUAGUCACAAGUCUGACAGGGUUAAGGGAGAGCUUUUAUAUCUCAGCAGUCAUCAUCUGUUUUUAAAAGUCCCUCCCUGCAUACCCCCACUUCCUCCAUUUUUUUAACCCCCUCCCAAUGAGUCAUUGUGAUACAUUAUUAUAUGAUUACAGUAUGUAUUCAUCUUUAUAUACACGCUAAUUUAUUGGGGACGUGAACAGAUGAAGAAAGUUGAAAUACAGAGGUAAACCCUUUCCUUUUUAAAAUCCUAGUCCCUUAUUGUCAUUGGACCAGAGAAAACUACCAGUAAGAUUUUCAUAGAGAGUAGGUCGUUAAGGCAGCAAUUUUUUCUUCUUCUGCUCCGUGAAUAUGAAAUCACAACCAUAAGCAAUUAUUCCUUGUUAAUGUUAUUACAUAUUUAUAUCAUUAGUUUGAGUGUCUCAACUACAGAUCAUGCAUCGAUGGUUUAUUGCAAUUUUAUUUAAAUUAUUGAAAUGAUCAAUUUAAAACAUUACUGGGACUCCCAGAUGAUUUAAAUCAAGUUAUUUAUACUUUGGUAAAUAAUAUAAAUAAAACAUAAAAUCAUA